GUUCGAGGUACUAUUGACUUGUUUCUUCUGUCUCUCCACGAGUUAUCUUAGCAGUUACGAGCGAGCCCAACCUCUGCACUAAGAAAAUGGCUUCAGGUGGAGCAGCUCCCCAAAGAGGAAGUGCAGCAGCUGCUGCUAGCAUGAGGAGAAGGAAGGCACCCGGUGGUGGGGCAUCUGGCGGAGCUGCAGGGACUAUGCUUCAAUUUUAUACUGAUGAUGCUCCUGGACUCAAGAUCUCCCCAAAUGUGGUUCUUGUUAUGAGCAUUGGCUUUAUCGCAUUUGUUGCCAUUCUUCAUGUGAUCGGCAAGUUGUAUUUGCGUAAGGAGGCUUAGAGAAUACAAUAUCAAGUUAGGUUCAUUUUGUGAAUCUUUUUAUCUUUUUUUUUCCUCUCUUCUUUUGACAGUAUGUUUUGAGGAUUUUAACAUAUACACACAAUGUUAUGAAAUUUAGAUUAUCUGUUACUUGAAAUACAAUAAUCCUUUUGGUAA